GGAGACGCGAGAGAGGGAGAGGAGAGUAGCGAAGAGCGCUAGUGGAUAGAGGCGCGCUUCCCUGAGCUACUUGCAGGAACAAAACGCCGGACUCGACACUGAGCGAUGACCGUGGCGCGGGGAGACUGAGCAGACCGGAAAUAAAAACGCACGCAUAGGGAGAGGCGGAGGAGGGUGCACAGUUGGUAGAUACCUGCGCGUAUUCGUUUUAGCUGCAGUUGAGCUAAGGUUUUUUUCACAUUUUCUGGUGAGAAGUGAGAGAAGAGCAUACUACCCUAUUUUAUCCGAUUCUUUUCUGUUUGCCUUUUCGCAUUCCCUCUGAAAGCAAACACUUCCUGGGGUAUUUUCCCACAUUCUGACCCCAGGUUUGACUCAACAUCGUAAUUGGGAUUUUUGUCAGACCGUAGACUUGGUUCUGAAAGCGGGACAACGACGCGCAGCAUCUCCAGUCAGCGAGGAGAACACAUUCCUCCAAACUCCGAACUGGUGCCCCCAAGACGCGAAACGGGACUGUUUCCAUUCCCAUCUGUGAGCUGAUGAAGAGAACAAUGUUUGGAAUAUUAGUGCCCGACCUGCCCCGGCGAAGAGUGGUGGAGUGAGGUACCCAGAGAGAGAGAGAGAGAGAGAGAGAGAGAGAGAGAGAGAGAGAGAGAGGUGAAGAGACGAAGGAGUCUGUACUGGUUGGCCGCCGUCCACUUGUUCGUUAGGGCCUUUUUGCCAUUCUCACCCUCGCACGUCAUUUUUCAUUUAUUUUACUGGAUACGCGGACGCACACACCCCAGGAGACGAACGAGGAGGACCUGCGCUCGCAACCUGGGCCAGUGGGAGGUAACUGUCAGAAGAAAUGCCGGUCCUAGGUGCCCUAGUACAUCACCACCUGGACCAUGGCGACACACUGGCCAAUGAGAAAAGAGAGAUGCUCCCAUGGCUCUGCCUGCCUUGCUAGAUGGCCGGCGUCCUCAUUGAUGCUUCUAUGGUUGCCGUGGGUGUUGCUAUGGCUGCCGUGGACUGCCCGAGCUGAACAAGCGGGCAGUGGGAAGGUUCUCCACGGUUCUCUUUCGUCCCCCUCGUCCUCAUCUUCCACAUCCAGCUCUUCAGCAUGGGGCUUCAACACAAGGCACAGUGGGGGGCAGCUGGACUGGCUGCUGUCGGAGAAGGGACCUUUCCACAGAUGUCCCGAGUACACAGAGUUCAGAGAGAGGUUCCAGCAGGGAUUUUCUACCAGAUACAAGAUUUACAGGGAGUUCAGUCACUGGAAGGUGAACAGCCCGGCAACAGAGAAGAGAGAAUUCCUCAAACCUCCGCUGCCCUUAGCGCCUGAGUUCCUGCGCAACCUGCGGUUACUGGGGCGAAGACCGACCCUGCAGCAAAUCAACGAGAACCUCAUCAAGAAGUAUGGGACCCACUUUCUCGUCUCCGCUACCCUGGGAGGAGAGGAGUCUUUGACAAUUUUCCUGGACAAGCAGAAGCUGAACAAGAAGUCGGAGGGUAACAGCAACACCUCAGUAGUGUCUCUGGAGCUGCUCCAUCAGCUGGCCGCUUCUUACUUCACAGAUCGAGAGAGCACCCUGAGGCGACUCCACCACCUACAGAUUGCCACCUCUGCCAUUAAGGUAACCGAGACGAGGACGGGCCCUCUCGGCUGCAGUAACUAUGACAGCUUGGACUCAGUUAGCUCCGUGUUGGUGCACAGCCCGGAAAAUAAGAUCCACCUAAAGGGCCUGCAAGAUGUCCUGCCGGAAUUCCUGCGUGGGCGCUUUGUGGAGGCAGCCCUCAGUUAUGUGGCAUGCAACUCGGAGGGCGAACUGCUGUGCCGCAAAAACGACUGCUGGUGCCGGUGCUUGCCCCGCUUCCCAGAGUGCAACUGUCCCUUUGCUGACAUUAAGGUCAUGGAGGAGAACCUUAAGAAGAGCAGGGAAGUUUGGGACAGCUUGAACCAAGAAUUUAUGGAAUCAGAUGAAUUUAAAGGCCUGCUGAAGCGCUUGCCCACUGACCGCUUCCUGAACGUGUCAACCAUUGCCAAGUUUUGGUUGGCCGACUUGUCCCUCCAGAAGCGCUUCGCCCAGUUGGAGUCCAGCACUGCCUUGGUUCUAGGGAAAGCCCAGAAGGUCGUCAGGAAACUGUUCACCCUGAGCAAGCGUUGCCCGAAACACCCUCUCAUCAGCCUGCCCAGAGAGAGGCCCGUCGGUUUUUGGUUGAGCAGGGCUCAGUCCUUGCUCUACUGCAAUGAGCAUGGCGUGCAAGGCUUCUUCUCUGAGGAAGGGAAGAGCUGUAGCUGCCCAGCAGAGCAGCCCACCUGCCAAGGAGCUGUUCCCUGUGUCAUUAGCACCACCUCCACCUCUUGCUCCUCCUGCGCCGCUGACAACGCGACCCGCUGCGGGGCCUGUCACCACGGCAACCUCCUCUAUCUCGGCUCCUGCCGGCCGAGCAUCGCCACAUCCCUGGACCACUACCUGAACUUUGACUUGGACAUGCCGGAUGCUGAGGUGAAGUACCUGCUUCAGCGACUUGACAGCAGAAUAGAGGUGCAUGCCAUUUACAUCAGCAACGACGUCCGCCUGGGAAGUUGGUUCAACCCCGCCUGGAGGAAGAGAAUGUUGCUGACCCUCAAGAGUAACAAAAAUAAGUCCAACCUCAUCCAUAUGCUGAUGGGCAUUUCUUUCCAGAUAUGCUUGACUAAGAAUUCAACACUGGAGCCUGUGCCUGCGAUUUACGUCAAUCCUUUUGGGGGAAGUCACUCAGAGAGCUGGUUCAUGCCAGUGAACCAGCCUGACUUCCCCGACUGGGAGAGAACUCGACUUGACGCUGUCGUCACAGCACAGUGUUACAACUGGACACUGACCAUGGGCAACACAUGGAAGUCGUUCUUUGAAACUGUGCACAUCUAUCUGCGAAGCCGCAUACUUACAGAUGAUCCGUCAGUGAACGAAACUCUCUUCUAUGAACCGCUAGACCUUGACGACCAGACGUCCAAUCUUGGGUAUAUGAAGAUCAACACACUCAAAGUGUUUGGAUACAGUCUGCACUUUGACCCCGAGGGCAUUAAGGAUCUCAUCCUCCAACUGGACUACCCUUACACGCAGACUACACAGGACGCCGCCUUUCUGAUGUUGUUGGAGAUGAGAGACCGAGUUAACAGACUGUCUCCGCCAGCACCGCAGCCCCUGGACCUGUUCUCUUGUCUGUUGCGCCAUCGCCUCAAGCUGUCUGCUGGAGAGGUGGCACGCAUUAAGGACUCUCUGCAGAUAUUCAACUCUAAGCUUCCCAAUGUUUCAGCUGAACCUGAGCUGGCCCAGCUUUGUACCUAGCUAGCUUAAGCAUACAAGUCAGGUUCCAGAAAUUAUGCUAGAAAGUGGAGUUGCUGCUAGACUGAACUGGGAAGGUACAGCAAAAUUAUCCACUUGGCCCCUAAGCCUCUGGAUUUAAAGAACAUCAAACGCUUUAAGAAAAACUCAGCAAUCUGCCUUCAGUUACUCUUGGCAGGUAUUCUGUUGUCAUAUUUCUGUCAGAAAUUCCAACCAGAAUUCUUUGAUGAACAGUGAGUGAUUUUGUGGACUUUUGAGAGAACAGCUGGACCCUUUCAUAAACUCUACUGUUCAAGCCUGGAUAAUUACUUUUGCUAUUGCUGCCCUGCUUUUGGCAAACUGUACGACUGGAUUACAUUCUGAGACUUCCUGAAACAGGCAGUAAUUUUUUAAUUUGGAACAUCAAGCUAAAUAAAGUAUACAUCUGCCUUGUAAAGAUAAAGAUGGUUUUGAUAUGUAAAGAGGAUCUUAAGGGGUCAAAACUGAGUAAAUUUAAAAGAAGGUUCCCCCUUUUCUAACCGUAUUGUGUUUUGGCUACAGAUCAAUCUCGUGGGAUGGGGAAACUCGGGAUAAUAUUAUAUAUGUGGUAAAUGAGUUCUGUCAUGCUUAACAGUUUAACAUUCGAUAAUCCUGAACCCCGUUACUGUCUUUGAAUAUUUAUUUUUAAUCCCUGCCUUCCAUUUUAUCUGGCAUUUGAAAAUGUGUAAUUACAGUAUCUAUGCUUAACAUUCGAGUGAGAAGCCUGUUAGUGAUGUUCUGUCCUUGGUGGCGUGUCUAUACCAAAAGAAGGUGAACACAUUUUUGGAAAACUUGGAACUUUGGAAAUAGCGAACUAAGUGUUGAGUUAUUAUUUUGUGAGGCGAAAAUUGUCAAGAACUCUUCUGAUUUGGAAAUGAAAAGGUCUGAGGAAAUAGCGCUGUAAAUAAAGCUUUUCCUGUGUGGACAAGUGCACAUUGCUUUUUAGAUAAGAGUGCAAAGACGAAAAAAAAUAUUUAUAACAAAAGCAAACUCAUGCCUUAUAUGGAGAUUCAAUGUUAAGAUAAGAAGCACAUUUAGUUUCUGUUUUUCAUUUGCCAGCAGAGGCUGUAUUUUGCUUUUUAUAUUUCAAUAUUUCUACCAAGACAGAACAUUCUCCAGAAUACGUAAUAAUGUAGCCUUUUCCCGCCAUGUAAAUGCUGGUCACUUUUUGCAGCUAAUUGUUUUGAUUUGGUGUUGUGAAACUUUUACGUUACUGGUCCCACUACACACUCCAGUUUGAGAAAAUCUAAGCUACUGAUUAAGUCUGCUUGAUCUAAUUAUGCUUUUAAAAUAAUUUUUCAAUGCUUUGGUUUAGGCUCAGGCCAUAGAAAAAAAUUGGUUUAUUUUCUUUAAUUGUCAGCAGCCAGCUACCGCAGCAACUGGGGCUACAAGACAUCUGCAGGUUAGCAAUUGUACUCUUGAGAGCUGCCAACUCACCGGAAUGAUACUUGAUAUGCUUUUACAUUUGCUUCACUAAUUUCUCACUGAAAGUCAGUAAACCUUGUAUGUCAUUUUCAGCAGUUCUUCUGUGCUCAGCUUGCUUAAGUAAAAAUUGGUUUAUCUAUUUG